GAGAGGCAGCGUCGGCUGGAGAGCUGCGCCGGAGCCUCCGCCUCUCUCCGGGGACCAGGCUGCGUCCCCAGGCCGGGCAGCGCACAGGGAGCCACCAGACAGCGGCUCCCAGGCACCGAGGUCAGAGUCGGGGACAGCGCUCCGAGGUAGUCGGUCCUCUCUGGGCAGCUGUAGGCGUCCGAUGGCCGGCCAGGCAGAGUCCACGUGACUCCGGGGGCCACGGGUAGGAGCGCGGCAGCCGCCAGGCCGCCGUCCCGCUCCUGAGGGUGGGGGAUGAGCAUCGUGUGCUCGGGCAGGAGCCGCGCGGCCCCUGUCGGGGAGAUGCAGAGCGCCCUGCAGAGAAAGCCAGCCCUGCAGAGAAAGCCAGCCGGAGCUCUUCCCCGGAGCCUCCACUGCCUGCGCUCGCGGGUCCUCGUGCCCACCUACGCGUAUAGCCUGCACCACGAGCUCCAGCUGGGGGUGGUGAUGCGCAAGCGCUUCUGCGCCGGCCAGGAGGCCGCGGUCGUGGACUGUGUGGCCGGCUACGCUCUGUGCUUGGACGAGACCGCCAGGGACAUGCAGGAAGAGUGCAAGAAGAAGGGGCUGCUUGCGACUCAGGCCAAGAGCUCCACGGCCUCCUGCCCUGUCAGAGUGUUGGUGCCCAAAGAGAAGAUUGCUGACCCUCAAAGCCUGAAGCUCUGGCUCAAAGUCAAUGGCUAACUCAGGCAGGCGGGUGAAAUAUCCUUCAUGAUUUUUUUCCAUCCUCCUAUACCAUCAGCUACGUUUCGAAGAUAAUGAACUUGAAGAAGGAGAUAUUAUCUUGACCGGGAUGCCAAAGGG